AACGGAAGCGAAUCGACAAUCAGCAGAAUGCAGCGGGCGCAAUACACUUCUCAGGUCCUGCUGGCCACGGCCAUCCUUUACGCUUGCUUGGCGCCCGCGGCCUGCGUUUACGAAUCUACGAUCCUGCAGUUCCUCAAUGAGUUCCGCUUGCGCAUGUGCCACCCCAUCCCAAAUCUGGGCCUGCCCGCCUUGGAUCCACUGCAGCUGGGUCCUGCCGAGACGGAGGUUAACAAUAAAUACCUAGUGGACUUCACUGGUUCCAUUGACAACUUCCACUUGCACGGUUUGUCCGAUUUCGAUGUUCCUGUGCUCAGUUUGAACGUGGUGCGCUUAAAGAACACCAUUAACGUCACCUUCCCGCACUUCGAGUCCUUGUACACCGCCAAAGGAUCACUGGCCUACAUUCUCAACCUGGCCGGCGAUGGCAAUGCCGAAACUUCGAUCACAAACUUUUCCAUCCUUAUUUCCGGUUGAGAACCGUGUUCGCCUUUGAGCAUAAGUUCCCUGCAGAUUGAGUUGCAAUUGGGAAAUCUAUGGAUCAACUUUGACAACCUGGUGGAGGAGGAACGUGUCAACGAAUUUAUCCAUGCUCUGAUCAACGAAAUGGGGGAGCUUCUCGGCGACAUCUGGGACUAUGGACAGGGCACGGUAGUCACCAAAGUGCAGACGCUUGUUAACAAUUUCUUGAGUCAGUACUCACUGACGGAUAAUCAAAUCAUAGCUGGUGGAGGCGGCGGCGAGGAAAGUGCACCCAUCUUUGAGGGCGUGGAGCCCGACUGCAAACUUGAGGCCAGCCCAAGCAACUAAGACUGAAAUGUGAUGAAAUACCCAUAUUAUAUAAACCAUUAUUUAAAUUUAGCCUAAGAAAUAUAUGUACGUUUAGAAUAAUA